GUCCUGGCGCUGUGGGCCGGGGUGGGCACUCGGGGAGGAGUGCGAUGGGGUAGAUGGACAUCUUCCCUCCAGCCUGCUCGGGCAGGGCUGGAGGGGAGUGGGCUUCAAUCUCAGCGUCCUCACACUGCUUCUGUCCAGAGCUUUGCGCACCACUCUCCUACCCCGCCGGCAGCCACAAGGGAUCGCAGAAGGUCCCUAGGGAAUUCAGGCCGAAGAGCAAACUCUGGUGCCCUGAAGUGUCCGUUGCCCCCUCGCGGGACCUCCUGGAUCACCUGGCGACGCUGCCACUUUCUGUAUCCUGUUCCUCAGGCCUUCUCUUUGUUUAACUCUGUGUGCCCAGGGUUGCCCUUGGAGUCCUUCUCCUUGAGCUGGGACUUGAUUAAGGGACUACUUUUUUUUUUUUUUUUUUAAGAAAAAAAUCAGUUGGCUUAAAAGGCACAUUAGGAUCUACUCCUCUAUCACAACUUCAGACUGCGUCGCCUGCCUCCUUGCCCUUUGUUUAUCCUCCUCCCGUUACCUGGAUUGUCCUUUUUUCCUCCUUUUAAGACUCCUACUCUUCACUAUCGAGAUUUCACCUCUUCUGGGAAACCUUUCUGAGACCGCCACCCAGAAUUGAAUGUAGAUGUCCACGGUUUUACUCUCAAAGCACUCUACCUACCUCCAUUGAAUCCCUGAUCUCACUCUGUCAUUGCUGAUUUACUUGUAUCUUCCCUACCAAAAUGUGAGAGCCUAUGAGGUAUUUUUGGAGUUAAUGGAGUCAGAAGGACCUCCAGAGUCAGAGAGUUCAGAAUUUUUCUCACAGCAAGAAGAGGAAAAUGAAGAAGAAGCCCAAGAACCAGAGGAAACAGGCCCCAAGAACCCCCUUUUACAACCUGCUCUCACAGGGGAUGUAGAGGGUUUGCAGAAGAUUUUUGAGGAUCCUGAGAAUCCUCAUCAUGAACAGGCCAUGCAGCUUCUCUUAGAAGAAGACAUCGUUGGGAGAAAUUUGUUGUAUGCAGCUUGCAUGGCUGGGCAAAGUGGCGUGAUUAGAGCUUUGGCAAAAUAUGGUGUGAAUCUGAAUGAAAAAACCACCAGAGGGUACACACUCUUACAUUGUGCUGCAGCCUGGGGUCGUUUGGAAACUUUGAAAGCACUGGUAGAACUGGAUGUUGAUAUAGAAGCUUUGAACUUCCGGGAAGAAAGGGCUCGAGAUGUUGCUGCUAGAUAUUCUCAGACUGAAUGUGUUGAAUUCCUGGACUGGGCAGAUGCAAGGCUGACUCUGAAAAAAUACAUUGCAAAAGUCUCUUUAGCUGUUACUGACACAGAAAAGGGAUCAGGGAAACUCCUUAAGGAAGACAAGAAUACCAUCCUCAGUGCAUGCCGUGCAAAAAAUGAGUGGUUGGAAACCCAUACAGAAGCUUCCAUUAAUGAGCUUUUUGAGCAGAGACAACAACUGGAAGAUAUUGUGACUCCUAUCUUCGCAAAAAUGACUACACCACGUCAAGUGAAAAGUGCCAAAUCUGUAACAAGCCAUGACCAGAAGAGAAGUCAAGAUGAUACCUCCCACUGAACAUACGUUCUGUAAAAGGCCACAUUUUCUUCUAGUAUCUGAAAGGCAAACCUAUGCAUGCCAUUUGAAAUCGAGAAAA